AUGUCGUCAAACUCUCGUUCACACUCUCAUUCUCGGUCCCCAAAUCCCUCUCGUGACUCCUGCGCUCAUCGUGCUGCUGCUGGGGUGGCACAUUUGACCUCUUCAAAAUCCCCUUCAAACCUCGCUUCGAAUCGCGUCCAACCAUCGCUUGAUCGACACGCUCGUUCAAAUUCUCGACAUACUUCACCGGACCGGCGUCCUGGUACUCAACGAUCUCGAUCGGCUCCAUCGCCCCAAUCUCGAACGGUACCGCCACCACCUUCGACGCAUCCGCCGCCACUCGCCAUUGCACCCUCCACCGGUGCCGUCAAUUUGCCAUCCAGAGCAAACAUGAUGGCAUUUAACCCAUAUAUGGGCAUGAUGGGUGGAGCUCCUGGGGCUGGGAGCUACUCUAACAUGGGCAUGGGUGGGCCGUUUGACCCUCGUAUGAGCAUGAUAGGGCAAUAUCCGAUGAUGUCGGGGAUGGGGGGUCCCAUGCCACAUGCUGGCGGAACGCCUGGCGUUGGACCUGGAUCGGGUGCCAUGAAUUCUGAUGGGAGUCUGAAACCAUUCGACUCGAGUCAAAUGAAGCGAGGUAGGAUGGGCCACUAUGGCUAUCUUGAAGGUCGUGAGCUCGCCGGCCCUCCACCUGGGCAUUUGCCAGCUGGCAUGUCACCAAUGUAUGAUCAAGGACUGUCGACUCAAGGUCCGACCAGUCAAAUCAUGGGCUCGCCGACGGAUACUGGGUCCGGCACAGCGCCAUCGUCCGCGGGUUAUUAUCCUCAGACGGCCGCAGGAGGCGCCACGGGAAGAACGGGUCCAAAAACCUCUUGGGGAGACCCAAAUGUGGGUCCCAGAGCAAGGUAUGAUGGUACCUCUGCAACUCAGCAAAUCGUGCAGGCCGACGUCGACUCUCCAUAUCCUCUCACGGCCCGCGGAGGUGUCGCUUCCGCCUUCACGAAGUAUGAAGGAUACGGCCCUGAGCGAGCUGCAGCCAGUGGCAUAGAUGGAAGACUUGGAUGGGCUCACCGCAGGACGAGAGAAGGCAAGGUCUAA